UAUGGGAUUUAACGCCUCGAAUUUAGCUUUUGCCCUCCAAUCCACAAGGGGGCGGCUGUGAUUUCACAUUGUACCUUUUUGACGUGACUCUCGGUUUCACGUCCGUGUUUACAAGCGAAGCGUGACGUUCAAGGACCCGCAGAAAUCCCUCAUUAAUCGCCGCUAAGACCGUUCCGUUUUUCAGGUUAACCAGCCAAAAUGCUGCCCCUCAGAGUUUUCCUUAACGAGAGACUGUCCGCGGUGGCGGAGGAGAUUUUAGGAGCGGUGGAGAAGACAAUAGUGGUGUACCAGGAGGAGAUUUUACGCUCCAAAGAUUUAGAAAUCAGGCAGCUCAGGAUGCAGCUGAAGCUCCUCAAGUCAGAGCCUGAAUCAGACACUUAUCUUGAAUCCGAGCAGCUUCCUUCUCCUUCUCCUCCCCCUCCUUCUGUUUCUCCUUCUGUCCAGCCCCAUCAGUCACCCCUUGCAGUGGCUGCUCCCCAUGAUGAGGAGCAUCAGCGGGGUGAGGAGGAAGAGGAAGAGGAUGAGGUCUGCUGCGUGGAUCAGGAGCUCCCAGAGACCUCGCAGGUCAAAGAGGACCAGCAGCAGCAGGGAAAGGCUACCAAGAGGCACUUCUGGAUGGUGGACGACCCUACAGAGCAUCAGGAGGACCCGGAACCAGAGGCGCAGGUGUUUAUCUCACCCCACACCGGCCUGGCAACGAGUCUGCACGACCAAGCCCUGCAUUUCCAACAGUUUCUAAGCAACGCCAACGGCGGAGGCAGCAGCAGCGGCGAGGAGAGCAGAGACAGGCCCUACAUCUGCUCCGUGUGUGAGAAGCGGUUCACCAACUGCUCCCACCUGGCAGCCCACAUCAGGACCCACACGGGAGAGAGGCCCUACAUGUGUGACAUCUGCAGGAAGACCUUCAUCACCACAAGCGCCUUGAACAGACACCAGACCAUUCACACCGAGGGAAAACGCUAUAUAUGUGCUUACUGUGGCAAGUCCUUUAAAUGGAUGGAGUCUCUUGGCAGACACGUGAGAAGUGUGCACAAGAGGGAUAAUGUACAAGUAUGAAGUCCAUGUUAAUGCCCGGGUGGCAAAUUUAUACUGUAAUUACAUGUCCGCGUAUGAAUUAAUUAGAAACCAUAAGUGUUAGGUUUACUGUAUCUAGUACUGAGUAUGCUUGAAUCCCAUUAAGCCUUGUGUACAUUAAUUAUGAAUAGCGAACUGAUUGUGUAAAACGACCCUUUUUACGUAAUGUACGGUCCAUGUAUCAUUUCAGAAUAAAAAUUUAACCCAC